CUUUUUUUUUUUUUUUUUUUUUUGCGCAAACCGAACAUGACUUUGCAGGUGAAGCUCAGAUAUAAUGGAUCGAUUUAUACCCGAGCAUCCCCUCCCCCAGGAAAUUCAGGCGAUGCCAAAAGAUGACACUGUCUGUCAGUUUUGUGGAGUUAGCUAUCUGAUUCACAGUGAAAUGAAAGCCUUGGAGGAACGUGUUAAAGAGGCUGAAAGAAAAAUGGAAUAUUACAUAGGAAGCGUCGAGCGGGAAGAGAAACUAAAAAUUAAGGUGGCUAGCAUGGAGGAGGAGAGUGAUAAGCUGUCAAGGGCAUUACAGGCUAGUGAAGAAAGGACAAAGAUUCUGGCACAAGAUUUAACCUCAAAGCAAGAACAGAUUGAAAGUCUUAAACAACAAAUAGGGGAUCUAAAGAGGGAACUUCAAAGCAAAGAAGGAGAAGUCACACAAACUCAUUUGAAAUUUUCUGAUCUUAUAACACAAAUUUCGUCAUUUCAAACAACCUUACAGACACAGAGAACAGCUCUGAAUGAUAUUAAAGUCAAUGUUCAAGAAAAUUACCAAGAUAUUGCUGAGCAACAUAGCAAAGUUGUCAGCAAUGUAGCUCUUACAUGUGAGAAGUUUGCUCAAGAGAAAAGAGACUUGGAGGAAAGCUUAAGAAAGGCUGAGAAUGAAAAAAGUCUCCACCAUGAGACUGUUAGUAAAACUGAAACAUUGAUUCAGGAGCUAAAGCAGAAAUGCACUCAGUUGGAAAAUAAAGUUCAUGAACAAGAGAUUGAGCUGGCAAAAGCAAAAGAACAGAAUGACAUGUGUAACAGUGAAAUAAUGCAGAGCAAGGAAUUAAUAAAUUCCAAGUCUAAUGAAGUUAAUGACUGGAAACAAAAACUUCAGAACCAGGCAGAGACAUUUAAACUUGAAACCACGAAAAAAGAGGAGGAUAUUCUUUCAAAAGAACAACGCAUUCAACAACUCUUGGAAAACUGCAAGAACCUUGAGAAGCGUGUUGUUGAAUAUUCGCAGGCAAGAAGCGAAGUGGAAGAGAAGAGUGCAAGCUCUUUGGAGGAAAUAAAAGCUUUGAAAGAGUCUUCCAUAAAAGCAAGAGAUGAAGUGGCAGCCCUAAAAGAGGAAAGAGAGAUGAUGAUUUCUGCUCACCACAAUCGCAUAGAACAAUUGAGAGAAAGCUUUAAGAAGAAAAUGGAAGAAGCAGAUGCUUGGCCAGGAAAAGUGAGUAAAUGAACUACACAUGUUUCUCUGAUUAUAAUGUACUUGUGUUUGGCCUCAGUUUUGAGCCACUGGGAAAGAAUUUUUGGAGUUGGGUCUUUAUUUCCAGAAAGUGACCUUCUGCUAUUUCCCUCUCCACCCAUGGAGUGCCCAACUGGACAGCGAAGUAUGGUAUGGAUUUCCUUGAUUAAGCUAAGGGUACAGUACUGUUAGCUUGUUGUUGGUUUAGGGGGAGUGGGGGCAGGUUGGGGCUGAAUCAAAACUUGAACCCAGGAGCUUGUAUUUGGGUGAGAAGAGGGAUUUUAUGGAAGGAUGUUUGCAUCGAUGGCUUGGAGGCUCAUUUAU